GUUAUAUUGAUUUAUCUAAACGAAGAGUUUCGCCAGAAGACAUCGAAAAGUGUGAAGAAAAAUUUGCAAAAGCAAGAGCAGUCAAUAGUAUUCUAAGGCAUGUAGCCGAGAUCCUAAAAUAUGAAUCAGAUGAAGAAUUAGAGGAACUAUAUAAGAAAACCGCUUGGUACUUCGAUGAAAAGUGUAAAAAGCAAGCUAGUUCUUAUGAUAUGUUUAAACAUGCUGUAAAUGAUCCAUCAAUAUUAGAUGAGUGUGGCUUAGAUAAUCAAACCAAAGAAACAUUACUGUCUAAUAUUCGAAGGCGUCUGACUCCUCAAGCUGUAAGGAUACGAGCAGAUAUUGAAGUUGCUUGUUAUGGUUAUGAAGGAAUUGAUGCAGUCAAAAAUGCAUUAAGAGCCGGAAUAAAUUGUUCGACCGAAGAAAUGCCUAUUAAGAUUAACUUAAUUGCACCACCCCUGUAUGUUUGCACAACAACUACAAUGGAAAAAGCUGAUGGUUUAAAAGCUUUGCAAGAUGCAAUCAAUAAAAUUGAAACAACCAUAAAGUCAUCUGAUGGAGUGUUCAAUAUUGUUAUUGCUCCUAAAGUUGUAACUGAUUUAGAUGAAGCAGAACUUGCGCGACAAUUUGACAAACUAGAAAUGGAAAAUGCUGAAGUUUCUGGUGACAGUGAUGUUGAUGCUGAAGAUUCAGAUGAAGAGAAAAAAGAUGAUGCUGAAUAAUUUUGAACAAUAGCUCUUUUUUUUUUCUCUGUAUUAUUUUGUACAUCAAUUCAUGCUCUAAAAAAAACUUAUGAAAUGUUAUAACACGGUAUAUUUAUAGCAUAUCUAUUUCAAUCAAUAACUGAAAAAUGCUCUUGUGUAAUUAUGUUUUGUUGUAUUUUUUGUUUUAAAAAUAUUUUUAGUUUAAAUAAUGAAUUAUUCAAAACUUAAAAAUAAUGAAAACGUAUAUAAUAUUCUGAGUUCAUGUCCUGUUA